GGGGGGGGGUCUGUGCGGCCCGCAGCGGGCCCUGGGGCCCACCGCGGCCGGCAGAGCUGGCCCGUCCUGAGCGGCAGCGGCAGCUCCACCCGGCUGCGUUUGUGCAGCAGCUGGCGGGGCUGUGCCGGUGCGGGGCUGUGCCGGUGCGGGGCUUGGUGGGGGGAACGUUUUCACAGGGCGUGGGGUGAGCCGUCUGCGGACGAGGUUACCAUGGAGUGUUUUGUCCUUUCAGUGCGUCUUGUAAAAUACCCUGAUUUGUGUGAUUGCUCAUGUAACUGCCAUAAAAAUGCCAACCCUUUACCGACACGAAGAGGAGAAAUUCUUUGUAAAUGCUGAAGGAAGGAAAGAAGCUGUACCAAGUAUACAUGAUCCCCCUACAAAGGAACUCUCUGUUGUUGUGCCUUCAUACAAUGAGGAAGACCGGUUACCUCUUAUGAUGGAUGAAGCUUUGGAUUAUCUAGAAAAAAGACAGAAACGAGAUCCUUCCUUCACUUACGAAGUAAUAGUAGUUGAUGAUGGUAGCAAAGAUCAAACCACAAAGGUUGCAAUGAAGUACUGCAAGAAAUAUGGAAGCGACAAAGUGCGAGUGCUUUCUUUGGUAAAAAAUCGAGGGAAAGGAGGAGCAGUCAGGAUGGGUGUCUUUAGUUCUCGGGGGAAAAAAAUUCUUAUGGCAGAUGCAGAUGGAGCUACAAAAUUUGAAGAUAUUGAAAAAGUAGAAGACGGUCUAAAAAAACUUCAGCCAUGGCCUAACCAGAUGGCUAUUUCCUGUGGUUCAAGAGCUCAUCUGGAGAAGGACUCAAUAGCAAAGCGCUCUUACUUCCGAACUCUUCUCAUGUAUGGGUUCCACUUCCUCGUGUGGUUUCUCUGCGUCAAAGAGAUCCGGGACACACAGUGCGGAUUUAAACUGUUAACCAGAGAAGCUGCCUUGAGGACUUUCUCAACUCUUCAUAUAGAACGCUGGGCGUUUGAUGUGGAACUUCUUUAUAUAGCUCAACGGUUGAGAAUACCUGUAGCAGAAGUUGCUGUAAACUGGACUGAAAUUGAAGGUUCUAAGUUAGUUCCCUUUUGGAGCUGGUUGCAGAUGGGCAGGGAUCUUCUUUUUAUACGACUGCGAUAUAUGACUGGUGCCUGGCAGCUUGAAACAAGAAAAUGUAAUUAGGUUAUUUACAUUUUCCAAAUAUAUUAUUAUACUUAAUGGAACAUGAGAACAGUUUCAAUCAAGUGAAGUGGUGAUGAAAGCUGAGGUAAUUCUUCAUUGCUCUUGUAUGUUUCAUUUUUUGCAGCAUGUAUGUGUUUUAUAAGAUGAUCAGCAGGGAAUUUGUACAAUGUAUUAAAAAGACAGAGCAUUUCCAAAAAAGAUUUUCUUAUCUGGUAAUCAGGUUUUUAUUUCAUUAAAUAGUAGCUUUAAUAUGUCUUAUAAAUUCACUCAAAUAAAUAUAUCUGCUUUUGUCUCAUCAUACCUUUGGAAUUCCUCAUAGAUAUUAGAAAGAGCCACUCUGUUCUACAAGGUGCAGUAUUUUGCUGUGAAUGACCACAGCCAUUUUUUUCUGUAGUAUCUGGAAAUUUAUGGCAUAUUGCAACUUGGAAUGGUCAAUCAUGGUCAAUCAUGCACAUUUAGAUUCAAUGUUACAGGAAACAUUAAUGAGUUUUACUGAGUUUUACUCUUGACAUUCCAAAUGUUUGUGUCUGAAACUGAAACCGUUUUUCUGAGAUCAAACUGCACAUCAUCUCGAGACUGUAGAAGGUCCAAGAGAAAGCUUGUAUCUUUGUAAAAUGUUGUCUUCUAUGAAUAUGUUUUGUUCAUAUGUACGAAUUAAUACUGCGUGCUUAAGGCUACGAGUCCUUGGCAUCUCCAAAUCUGUACUGAAAAGGGUGUGGAAAUCUAAUUCAGAUCAUACUAAAAUGGGACCUAGUAUACAUUAGCAAUGCCAGUUUGAAGUUCUCAUGCUCCAAAUGGGAUCAGAGAGGGAGGGAGGAGUCUUGAGUCUUUCUUAGUAAGGUUAUACUCUGUUACAGUACCCAAGUUUCAAUAGUGCUUCCAAAACAGUUGUGGAUUGCCAAAAAAACAAGCCAGUCUUUAUUUCAGAAUUGUGUACAAAUGUGAACAGCUUUAAAGAAUGAACGGUGUAUGAUUGUACUUUCAUAUAUGAUUUCACUGGUGAUUUUUCUUAUUCCUUCUGCAAUAUUGAAUCGAGUUUUGCUCCUAUGAGAGUUACCUCAGUUUUCUGUAAAUUGAAGUGUUGGAAUAAAUUCUCAAAAACUCUUCA